CUAUUUUAGAAACUGAUGAUAAUAAUGAGUUAUACGAUGAUUUAUCUGAUAUUUUAAAUAUUUAUUAUGGUCAAGAUUAUAAUCAAAUUGAGCUAUAUAAUCGUAAUCUAAAUAAUUCAUUUUUAGAAGAUUUUGAAUCUAGGCUUAAUUUAGAAGGUUCUAUUAUAUCAGAUGAUUAUUAUUUAGAAGAUGUUGAAUCUAGACUUAAUUUAGAAGGUUCUAUUAUAUCUGAUAAUUACUAUUUAGAAGAUUCUACUAUACCAGAUAAUUAUUAUUCUAAGAAUUUAAAAACUUAUAAAGCUCAAUCUAAAAUCAUUGAAGUAGAUAAUAAUUUGAUAGAAUCGAAUAAUAAUAUAAUAGAUUCACAUAGUAAUAUAGUAAAUUCACAAGAGAUUAUCACAAUUAGUGAUUUAGAAAGUCAGUCUUAUACAACUCAAGAAAAACAAAAAUG